ACAGACGGUGGUCUGCAGAAUAUUAUCGCCUGUUAAGUUAUCAAACUUACAAGAGUUUAUGGCAGUUUACAGCAGUACGUCUUCAUGUAGAAAGCGUGAUGCAAUUUUGUAUUGAGAUUUGCCAAUAUCAGAGUUAUGCUGAAGAGAAGACUGGUACUUAUCAUCCCAUUCACGGUGCUACUCUUCCACACAACUUUCCAGAAUGGCGAUAUGGUAACCCUGUCACGCGGCAAACGUUACAUUGUCUUCCCAGAGGGAAGCACAUUCUCGGUAGCAUUCUGCACGACCUGGAAGACGCUGACUGAUGACUUAGACAUCUACACUAUAGGCCUUAAUUGGGCCAUAUCGUACGAGCUGCCAAAUCAAACCAUUCGGGAUACAGAAACUCAUCGAAUUGUGCCGCCCUUCACCUUAAGACGUCGGAGAAGGGAAUUCUACCUCAGACUGGAGGCGGCGAUGGACGCGGCAGGAAUAGAGGGUCGGUCUUGCAUUAAGAGGGCGCUGUGUGAAACUGCUCAACGACUGAUACCUAAAGCAAGUAUUCUAGAAGAACUGCUUCGAAUCUUGUUCUCACUUCCUCCGGAGAAGGUUGACAUGUACGAACCUGUCGAGCACCACGAAUAUGACGCAGCCCACCGGCGUGGACUGUCAAACCGGGCCUGUCCAGACCUGUACCCGGAAUGUUCCAUAUCUCUGAUUGACAUGAUUCUCGGAGCGUAAAACUACGAAGCAGACACUGCGUUCAGUGUCCUUCACAUUCUGUUACACAAGCCUACCGUUUCUGUACGUAAAGCAAUGCGACUUCUGUCAAGAACAAUUUAAUCAACCCUUUGAUAUGACUCUGUAUCUCGGACAUACACCUUGUAACAGCACGUGAUCAUGUUGAUAACAUGCUAAUAAAAAUAAUUCAUUUCAUUAUCAAUGUUCUGAGUCAUCUGCCAAAUGACCAAUUGGACACAAAACAAAGACAAGA